CCUGUAUAUAUGCCGCUAUUUGACGUCAAAAUUAUCUAACCUUAUUUUACUUUGUCAAUUAAAUUUACUUAUUAAUUAUUACAGUGGUGAGUUUUUUAAAAAAUAGUAAAUGGCAGGAAAACGUACAGCAACAACCCAGUUAGAUAUUUACAAUUUGGAAGAUGACGAGGAACCAGAGCAAGCAGAAGAAUUCAAAAGAGCUCCUGAAGAGGUUAUCAAAAAUAGAGUUAUCAAAGUGGCAAAACGCCGGAAUCCAAUUGGUUCUUUGGCAGGAUCCGAGCCCGAUAAGAAAAACACGUUCAAUAAUUUUACAUUUGGAAAGUCAAACACAGAAGCCGCCAAGCCGACUUUUAGUUUCCUUACAAAUAUGAAUAAAGAAGACGAAAAGAAAGCAAAUAGUGCUAGUUCUAAUCAAGUAACGAGUUCAAGUGAUUCUAAUGAAUAUUAUGCUAAAUUAAAAGGUCUUAACGAAAGUGUUACUAAAUGGAUAAAGGAGCAUGUAGAUGCAAAUCCGUUUUUGAACUUAACACCAAUUUUUAAAGACUACGAACAGUAUUUAGAGAAUAUUGAAAAAUUAAAACCUAGUAGCAAUGAAAAUAACACUUUACAACUAAACAAAUCAGAGGAAAGCAUACAUUUAACAGAGAAGACCAAGACAGAUUUAGGGGGAUUUAGUUUUAAACCCACCCCUACAUCUACUCCUCAGACUGACUCUACAAAGAGUAGUAACUCAACCCCUUCAAAGUCUGCCACUGAGAGCCAGCAAUCAGGGUCUUCAAAUUUGAAGAAAACACCUGAUAAAACUGGAUUUUCAUUUGGUUAUCCUAAUGCACAAAGUGGAACAAGUCCAACAACUGCAACUGCCUCUCAAGCAUUUUCCUUUGGUAUAAACAAUACUCAAAGUACCCCUUCUGUUUCCUUCGGUAUACCUAAGUCAUCAUCAUCAUCUGGUUUCUCAUUUACAAAUUCAACCCCUUUCACAUUUGCCAAUGUCCAAAGUACAGAAACAACAAACAGUAGCAAUAGUAAAGAAGUGAAAGUUGCUGAAGAGGAAACUGAAACUGAUCAACCUCCCAAAAACGACUUCAAACCAGUGAUAGAAGAAGGACAUGUCUACACAAUAAGAUGCAAAGUGUUUGUGAAAAAAGGAGACUCUUUUGCUGACAGAGGGGUGGGAAAUUUAUUUUUAAAGCCAAUAUCAGAAUCUAAUAAAACUCAACUGGUUGUACGUGCAGAUACUAACUUGGGAAAUGUAUUGCUCAAUUUUAUUCUCUCUGAGAAUAUUCCGUUCCAACGAAUGGGGAAGAAAGAUGUGAUGGGUGUGGCACUACCAACUCCUGACUCUAAACCUCCGCCAAUUCCUAUCCUACUAAGAGUCAAAUCCCCAGAAGAAGCCGACAACUUAUUACAACAAUUGGAAAAAUACAAGAAAUAAUAUAUAAAACUGUAAUACAGUUUGAUAGUGUCACCUGUUGGUUGUUAAUUUUAGUUUUACAUACUCAAUAAAAUUUUUUUUGCCUA